GCUUCACCUACACUUUGUUCUUUCUCCCCCCGCUCUAAUUAUAUACACACACAUCAUGGGUCUGACUGAAAUCUUCUCGAGCAUCUUCCCUACCGCAUACGCCGAAGAGGAACAGGCUGCUCCCGAGGUCGUCGAGGAAGUCGUCGAAGAGGUCGUCGAAGAGGCUGAGCCUGAAGAAGAAGAAGAGGAAGAAGAGGAAAUUGAAGACCCCAAGGAGCAAAUCAUGGAGGGCUGCGAAAAAGACUGCGCUGCCUUGAAGCAUCACCUUGACGAGUGCAACGAGCGCGUCGAGAACGGUUCCAGCGAAAACUGCAUUGAGGAAUUCUUCCACUACAUGCACUGUGCUGACGAGUGCGCUGCACCCAAGAUCAUGGCCGCCACUAAAUAAGUUUAACUCUUUAGAUUUCACCACAAAAAAAGAAAAUAAAUGGCUUUAUCAAGG